AUGAAUGCCUCAACUAAAUGGCUGGGGAUUAAGAAGGUGUGCAAAGACCAUCAGGCUAAAUUGGUUUGUUUACUGGAAACAAAAGUUAAGGUGGAUAAUUGUGGUGCUAUUUUUGAAAAUUUUAUUUCAGAUUGGAAGUAUGUACACAAUGGUGAGGUUGAUAAUACAAUUCAGAUUUGGUUGGGCUGGGAUCCGAGCUUUUUAAAUGUUGAAGAAAUUCAGAAAACUAAGCAGUUUAUUCAUGCCAAGGUGUCGAUUUGGGGAACUGUUGUCUCCUUCCUUUGCACCGUAGUGUAUGCUCAAAAUACGGUGGCAGGCCGGAAGGAUUUGUGGGAGGAUGUUGGAAGACUAGCUAGUGCUAUUGCCACUCCAUGGGCUGUCUUAGGGUGUUUCAAUGUGAUUCGAAAUCAUAAUGAGAAAAUUGGUGGGGACCCUAUUCGGUUUGAGGCUAUUGAUGAUUUCAACACUUUUAUUGAGGACUCUGGGCUGAUUGAUUUGAAGUGGAAAGGGGAAGCUAUGACUUGGAAUAAUAGGCAAAGUGGAGAUGCUAGAAUUUGCUGUAAGCUAGAUAGGGUGAUGGUAAACUUGGCUUGGAUGGAUGUCUUCAGAACUUCAGAGGCUGUCUUUCACCCUCCUGGUCUCUCUGACCACUCUCCUAUAGUGGUGGCUGUGUUAGAUGAGGCUAAUUUUGGCCCUAAACCUUUCAGGUUUUUUGAAGCUUGGAUUGGCAGAGAUGGGUUUGAUGAUAUGGCUGCACAGGCUGAGUUGCACCAAUCUCAAUGCAAUCUUAGGGACCACCCUGAUGACCCGAAUCUGGUUUCUUUGGAGACUCAAGCUAAGGUGAAAUUAUGGGAAGCCUUGGCCAUUGAAGAAAAGUUUUUGAAGGAGAAGUCUAGGGUGAAACAUAUUCAGCUGGGGGAUGGUAAUAAUAGUUUCUUUCAUAAAUCCAUGCUUUGUAGGCAGAAUAGGAGUCAUAUUCUCGAGAUUACAGGGGAAGGAGGUGACAUUGUUAAGGAUCCUAGCCGAAUUAAAGAUGAAGCUGUCUCUUUUUACAAGAAGUUGUUUGGAUCUGAUUUGGUGGAUGGUGGUUGUUUUCCUAACUCAGUCCCCUUGCAGAAUGGCUUUUCCCUCUCUCAACAGGGAAGUCUUAUUGGUAGGGUGUCCAAUAAGGAGAUUAUGGAGGUUGUGUGUGCUAUGAAAAAUUCAAAAGCUCCAGGACCGGAUGGGUUUAGGGCUGCUUUCUUCAAACAUUCUUGGGAUGUGGUUGGGGAAGAUUUGACUUUGGCAGUGAAAUGGUUCUUCAGUAAGUCUUGCCUCCCUAGUUCGAUUAAUGAUAUAUUUAUUAGUCUUAUUCCUAAGACGGGGGAUGUGGUGAGUGAUUCCCAGUCUGCAUUUAUCAAAGGAAGGUCUAUUGUGGACAACAUCCUUGUCUUUCAUGAUGUGGUCCGAGGGAUUGAGCAGAAAG